UUUGUCUCUUCCAGUUUCUGUUGAGAGCGUUGUAGGAAAUGGCAGCAGCAACUAUUUCUAUUGAACAAGACCAGUUUUGUUGUUCAGUGUGCCUGGAGAUUUUAAGAGACCCGGCGACAAUCCCCUGUGGACACAGUUACUGCUUGGAUUGUAUUGAAGAUUACUGGAACAGGGCCAAGCAGAAAGGACAGUACAGCUGCCCACAGUGCAGGCAGGUGUUUAAUCCGAGACCUCUGCUGAGCAGAAACACUGUCCUGGGUGAAGUGGUGGAGAAGUUUAAACAGUCUGAAGCUUCAGCUCAACACGUUUCCAAAGCAGAGGAAGUGAAAUGCAGUGUUUGCACAGGGAGAAAAAGCAAAGCUGUCAAAUCCUGCCUUGCGUGCUCAGACUCUUACUGUGUGGCUCACCUGAGAGUCCACGAAGAACGCUUUCACGGGAAGGCCCACAAGUUGAUCCCAGCUUCAGAUCAGCCGAGAGAGAAGCUUUGCCCACAACAUGAUAAAUCACUGAGGCUGUACUGUCGCACCGACCAACAGUAUGUCUGCUCCCAGUGCGUUAAAGAGAGACACAAGAGCCACGACACAGUCUCAGUGGUGGACGAGAGAGCAACACAACAGAAAAAACUCCAAGAAACCUCUUUGAAGUCUGUGCAGAAAUUGAAAGACAUGGAGAAGGAGCUUCGAUAUGUUGUCCGAUACAUCAAGCAUUCGACAGAAGCAGUUGUGGAGGAGAGCGAGAGGAUUUUCUCCAAGCUGAUCCGCUCAAUAGAGAAACAAAGCUGCGAGGUGAAGGAGCUGAUCAGAGUCCAGGAGAGAGCGACUGUCAGUCAGGCUGAGGACCUGCUGGAGAAGAUACAGAGGGAGAUCGUGGAGCUCAGGAGGGCUGAGGCUGAGCUGGAGAAGCUUUCUCGCACUGAGGACCACGUCCACUUCCUUCAGAAGUGCAAGUCUCUUCACUUCCCCGUGAAGCCUGUGGAGAUGCCCAGCACUGACGCACUUCCAUAUUUGAUGUAUAAAAGCAUGAGAGGAGCUCUGGCUGAUCUCAGAGACAGUCUGGAUGAAACACUUGAAAGAGAUUUCAAAAGAAUCUCUGAUAAGGUUAUUUCCCUGAAGGAAGCCAGCAAUCAAAAUACCUCUGAAAGGACUAAAGCGAGAGACACUGAUGCAUCAUACAACUCGGAACCGAAGACAAGAGCUGAUUUUCUACAAUAUUACAACGAUAUAACCCUGGACCCAAACACAGCCAACCCUUAUUUGAGCUUCUCCGAUGGUCGUCGUGGGGUGACCACACGUUCGGAGCCACUGCCCUACCCGGACCACCCGGCUCGCUUCACCAGCUGGGCUCAGGUACUAUGCAAAGCUGGGAUGGCCGGACGCUGCUACUGGGAGGUAGAGUGGGCUGGUAAAGGAGGAGUUUCUAUCGGCAUCUGCUACAAAAACAUAGGCAGGAGUGGAGGAGGGAGCGACUGCAAGAUUGGCCACAACUCCAAAUCCUGGAGCCUGGAUUGCUCUUACUCAGUCUGUUCAUUUCAGCACAACAAAGAGAGUGUGGCCCUCGCUGCCCCCUGUGGCAGCAGGAUAGGAGUGUAUCUGGACUUCAGGGGUGGGACUCUGUCUUUCUAUAAUGUUUCUGAUGCAAUGGUUUUACUCCAUAAAGUUAAAACGACAUUCAUCCAGCCUGUAUUCCCGGGAUUUUGGGUGGGGUUGGGCUCUUCUUUGAAGCUGUGCUCUCUUUAAAAGUAAAGCUGACUGCACUCCAUCAAGCUUGGCAGUCCAGUAACCUUCAAAAAUAUUCAUGUAUGACUGAGAAUAAUAAUGACACAGAGACAGCGGUUGUGCUCAAAACUUAAGAUUUAAUAAACGUGGAAGCCAGGAGCAGCAGCAACACUUUGGUGGAGCGGGUUAAGAGCUGGUGGAGCUUAGAUCUUAUUGAAGGCAGCGACAUCUA